AUGUUCAACUUAAAUGGGAUGCUUUUCCUUUUGGGGGGACUGCCGGCGAGAGUUGGAGAAAAAAUUUCUUCGUUUUAUUUUUCAGAAUUUCCAGACAGAUGCAGGGCGGUGGAUAUAUUUAAAUUGUUUGGUUGUGUGGGGGAAAUUGUGGAGGUGGUGAUCCCUCCCAGGUGCAACAGGUUUGGGAAACGCUUUGGCUUUGCAAGAUUCAAGGAGGUGAAGGAUGAGAGAAUGUUGGCUGUGAAGCUGGAUAAUAUUCAGAUUGAUGGUAGGAAAAUUCACGCUAAUCAGCCUAGGUUCAAUAGGCAAGGAGGGAAAGAGGAACCAGUUAUUUUGCAGAAUCGAGAUGGAGGUCGGAGGGAAACGGUACCUGUGAGAAUUAAUUGGUGGGUGGAUAGUAACAGAUCUUUUGCUGCAAUUGUUCAAGGGAAAGAAGAGGAGAAUGGUAACCUGAAUCAUAAGGCUAUUUUCAGUUAUUCUUCUCAGCAAGUUCUGAGGGACCGUUGGAGAAAGGCGUUUAUUGGGGAAGUGAUUUUUGCAGGAGAUUCGUAUAACAUUCAAACGCAUUUGGAGAUAGAUGGAUUCUUUUCUAUCAAAGAUCAUCCUCUUGGUGCUAACCUGUGUCUAUUAGAGGAAAUGGAGGAAGGGAUUAUUCAAGAACUUAUAGAUGAAGGAGAGUGGUGGUGGAAACAAUGGUUUAAAUCGAUCAGGCCUUUGAAAUCGAGGGAUGUUGAUUCUGAACAGGUGGUUUGGGUGAGAGUUUAUGGUGUUCCUUGCCAUGUAUGGGGAACUGAAUUCUUUGAAACGCUGGCCAAUCAACUUGGUUCAUUUAUUUGUGUAGAUGAUAAUACUGUGUCUGGUGAUAAUAUGGAUAUUGCAAGAGUGAUGAUAAGGGUCCCUUCUAACUUUGUUUUAAGUAACUUUAUGGAGGUUGUUAUCGAUGGGGAGGCGGAGAACCUUGGGAGUGGAGAGGAGGAAGAUGAUGAGUAUGUUGAUGCGAGUUAUCCAUCGGAUAAUGAGGUAGAGAUUGGAGACAGAAAAAGUGAUGGGGUAGGACAAAACUUGCACGGUUCUCCACGUGAAGAUACAGGAUAUCAUUGUUUACAGUGA